AUGUUGGCGCGACGAUGUUUUAUUGUCGACAUUCUCAAACCUUUUCAACAGAAAUGGACAAGUUUUGGGGAUUAUGCAGGUUAUGCUACUGCGAGUGUCAAUGAUACUAAACAAGGCGUGCCGAAGUUUACUCUUCGUUACUUUUAUAAACUGUUCAAAUGGAUGACAGUGGGUUUUGUUGCUGGCAGUAGUACCAUCUUUUUAUAUAAUUUGUUUGUUCCAGAUUUUCGUGAAUUACAAGAUGAGAAGCAUUAUUAUUCUGAUUGGAAGUUGCGUGCGUAUUCUUCUCUACCGCUGAAUACACUUUCACAUUUUGCCGGCGGCCUAGCUAAAGUAUAUAUUCCAGUGUGGUUACGACCCAAAAUAUUCAAUAUCUAUGUUCGAGUAUAUGAUUGCCGAAUGGAUGAAGCCGAAGUGAAUGAUUUAUCAGCCUAUCCGACGUUAGCAGCAUUUUUUAAUAGAUCACUAAAACCUACAGUCAGGCCUAUCAGUGAUGCAGACUUGGUAUCUCCAGCUGACGGAGUUGUGAUUCAUUACGGAAAAGUGAAGGAGGGACGUGUUGAGUUUGUAAAAGGCCAUGAUUAUGAUAUCACCGAAUUUUUAGGACCAUUGAAUAUUAAAAAUAAAAAAGAAGGACACGAGCUUUAUCAAGUGGUUCUUUACCUCGCUCCUGGCAAUUAUCACGGAUUUCAUGCUCCUGCAAAGUGGGUGGCAAAUGAGGAAAUACAUUUUCCCGGAUUAUUAUUGUCUGUACGACCAACAUUUCUAUAUCGCAUGCCACAUUUGUUUUGUAUCAAUGAACGAGUUGUUUUGAAAGGAUCCUGGAAGCAUGGCUUUUUUUCAUUGUGCGCAGUCGCAGCCACAAAUGUUGGAAAUAUUUCAAUAGACGCAGAUCCGUUGCUUCACACAAAUACCAAACGCUUACGGAAAGAGAUUUCCAAAGCAGUGCCAAUAAUUGCAGAACUGGAACAUGCAUAUCGGCCUGGCGAUAAAGUUGGAGAGUUUCGGCUGGGAUCAACGAUUGUUUUGAUUUUCGAAGCUCCUUCAACUGUACAGUUUGCUGUUCGCGCUGGUGAUAAUUUACGCUACGGCCAAAGUCUUGUUGUAAAUGGUUUUUGA